AAAAAAAAGAGGAGGAGGAGGAGGAAGAGGGCAGAGAGAAGCGCCCGGACCGCGGGCAGCCCCGGCCAGCAGCGGAGCGGCCGCCUCGUCCCUCUCCCAGCAUGUUCCAGUGGAAGAAGACCAUCUACAAGACAGCUUGCCUCUCCUUCUUGCUGGUGAUCACCGUGACGGUGCUGCAACGGGGAAUGGCUCCCAGCCAGUUCAUGCAGGGGCAGCAGCAGAAAGAGCUGCCCCAGUAUGAGCCCCUGAAAACUGAGAAGAGAAACAGCGUCUUCCCCAUCCCCAGCAGUUUCUGGAAGAGUGAGAAGGAGAAAGCCCCUGUAAAAGAGGAGGAGGAGGAGGGGAGUGAGAGCGUGACAGCAAAGCAAGAAAAAUCCUGGGAUGUCACCACUACCAACUGCUCAGCCAACCAGAACUUAAGCAAAGCAGAAUGGUUCAAAGGACUGGAGCCCAACUUCCAGCAGUUCCUGCUCUAUCGGCACUGCCGUUACUUCCCCAUGCUGAUCAACCACCCGGAGAAAUGCAGCGAGGACAUCUACCUGCUCAUCGUGGUCAAGUCUAUCAUCACGCAGCACGACCGCCGCGAGGCCAUCCGGAGGACCUGGGGCCAGGAGAAGGAUGUGGAUGGCAAGAAGAUCAGGACGCUAUUCUUGCUGGGCACGGCCUCGAAGGAGGAGGAGAGAGCCAACUAUCAGAAACUGCUGGAUUAUGAGAACCACAUCUACGGAGACAUCUUGCAGUGGGAUUUCCUGGAUAGCUUCUUCAACCUCACCCUCAAAGAGGUCCAUUUCCUCAAGUGGCUGAACAUCUACUGCGACAAUGUCCGCUUCAUCUUCAAAGGUGAUGAUGAUGUGUAUGUAAGUCCCAGCAACAUCCUGGAGUUUCUGGAAGACAAGAAGGUGGGAGAGGACCUCUUCGUGGGGGAUGUCCUCUACAAGGCCAGGCCGAUCCGGAGGAAGGAGAACAAGUACUACAUCCCCAGCGCUCUCUACAACAAAAACAGCUACCCACCCUAUGCAGGGGGUGGGGGAUUCCUCAUGGAUGGGCUCCUGGCCAAGAGGCUGCACAAGGCCUCGGAGACACUGGAGCUGUACCCCAUUGAUGACGUCUUCCUAGGAAUGUGCUUGGAGGUCCUUAAAGUAUCACCUGUUGGGCACGAGGGCUUCAAAACGUUCGGCAUUGUGAAGAACAAGAACAGCAAGAUGAACAAGGAGCCAUGUUUUUUCCGGAGUAUGUUGGUGGUUCAUAAACUGCUGCCUCCCGAGUUGCUCCAAAUGUGGGAGUUGGUCCAUAGUAACUUGACAUGUUCGAGAAAACUCAAUGUCCUUUAGCUCAGCCUCCAUGGAGAGCUGGGACUGGAGGGGCUGGGACAACCAAUCCCUGCUCCAGGAUGGGAUGAGCCUCUGCUGGUGGCACACAAGCCCUUUGGGGGCAUCUCCCUCUGGGGUAAGGAGGGCAAAGACACUGUGCUUGUGGGCAGGGUUUGUGAGAGUGUUUGUUCCUGUACUGUAAUGUGGUUCACUUAUCUCCAGCUGGGUUGGGGGUUGUUGAAAAAAAAAAAAAAAAAAAAAAAAAAAAGAAAAAAAUACAGCAAAUCUAGCACAAAGUGAGGGGGGAGAGAGAGAGAGCGCAGAGGGUUUUGUGCCCUGCUUUAGGUACGACCUCCACUGGAGCAUGAUGAGUGGUAGGGUGGGGGGAGGCAGGGAGGGAUGUGGCACAGGCAUUUUUUGGAGAUGUUCAGGAUCUGGCUAUCCAGUUGAGCAGUUUACAAGAGCGUGUGCUCCUCCCCGUCUCAAAAGUCAAGGGUUUUAGUGACAUUGACCCUGUGUGCAUUGGAUCCACCUUUGCCAAAGUCCUCUCUGUGUCCCCACUAUGCAGCUUUGCAGGGGGGGAAAGGACUUUCCUCCAAGGCCAGACCUCGCCAGCCCCAAGCCCCCAUUAGGGUUUCAGCCAGGCAGCUGGGGAGUUGGGGUCUUUAUCCCUGAUAGAGGGUCUCAGAUGAUGGUGGCUCCCAGCACCAGCCUGAGAUGUGCUUGGCUCCCCCGUCCCUCUACUGGCCUCCCUGUGCGUGCACUCAGAGGAAUGCACCCAGCCGAAAUUCCUCAGGGAUUUGUUCCUCCUGGCAGGAAAGGGAAGGGACGAGGCAGGCUGCCCUCGCCCAUGGCCAAGGAAGAGGCAGAGAAACCAAGUUGGCCCUGGCUGGAGUGGCCCAUGGGCUUAUCACAUCUGGGACGUUGGCUCAAGUCCCAGGGGCCUUCUGCAGGGAGACCCUCUCUUUGCAUCAGGGCUGUCCCAGUGGGGUGCCUCGGAGGGGGACAACAGCCCCCAUGGACACCCUGUGUGUGUUUCUUUGUAGUGAGCACAACGCUCCAGGGCAGGUUGGAGAGCAUCGGUCCCACCCCGGCACAUGGAGCAGGGUCCAAGGGGACAAGGUGAAGGCAGGGCUGGUGUUUCACACGUGUUUUGCACAUCUGCUCCUCUCAGGGCUGUUACAGAUGUUUAUUCUAGAGGAUGAGGCCAAGGAGUGUGACGGGGAGUGGCAUCACCAGACAUGGCCCCUUGUCUUUGGGCUGAAAGGGCCACUAGGGCUGUCAGGGGGAGCCCCCAGCCAGCUGCUGUGAUGGACCCCUCCUUUCCCCCCCCGAGGGCAGAGACACGCAGCCAUCCAUGGAGGGGGCCAUGGAUGCUCUCCAGCCACCGACCGCAGGCGUGAGCAAAGCCACAGGCUUGUGCAAAGCCACAUGCAGGCACGGGCACCGGGGUGCCACCUCCCAGGCAUGGGCUCUGCACAGGCAGGAUGUCCCCAGGCACAGGGCUGGCACGUCCCGGUGUCCCUGUGGGCGGGUGGACACGCAGCCACCUCCACGGCCCUGACCACGCACAGCGAGACACGGGCACAUGCGCUCCCCCUUUCUCUCUAUCUCUCUCUCUCCCCCCUCUUCUCUGGUGCCAGACAUUGAAAGGAAAAAAUUUUGACUACCUCAAAGGUCCCCCUGUGCAGUGCCUUUUUUUUUUUUUUUUCUUCUUUCCUUUUCUUAAUGUGUUUUGGAAACGGGCCUGUUUCAUUUACUCCUAGUCUGUAUGUUCCCCAGGUUAGAAAAAAAACAACCAACCAAAAAAAGGGCAUAAACCAGCCAAAAAAAAAAAGGCACCCUCCUGCCAAGCCACGCCACUUCUCAGCAACUGCCCCUCGGCGGCUGCGACGAGCUGUAAAUUUGAGAAGGAAGAGAGAGCCCGUUGCUGCCCUGGGCUCGGCUGUUGUGAUGGGGGCCAGCAGGGAUACUGUGAAAUGUGAUUUUUUUUCGAUGCACCCAGCAGCACCGUGUCCCCGGGGCAAGCGUGGGCAGAGCCCCGAGGGCAUUUUUGGUGCCGGCUGGGCUUAGGCAGCACACAACACUCCCAUCGCUUCCCCGUCCCCUCCGCUCCUUCCAGCGGGAGCGACUUCAGAAAUACUUUUCCAAAUUGACACCCCCGUAAUUUAUGUCAGGUACAGUACAUGAGGCUGUAUAUAUUUAUACUUAUCCUAUAUGCAGGGCCGGCUCUGGCUCUCCGUCGCGCUGCGUGCGGCGAGCCAAGGCUGUGUGCAGAAAUCUCAGUGUUGCUUUUCACCUGGCGGGACCUGUUAUGGAGAAACCUUGUAGAUUUGGUGAAUAUUCUAGUUUCUAAAUAAAGGUUAAAAGAAGAAGAAGAAGGAAAAAAAGAAACCCA